GUUGGACUGUUGUCUUGACAGGUGAACCACCUGCGCUGUCUGCAUGAGUUUGUGGAGGCCCAGGCCGCUUACUAUAAGCAGGGUCAUCUUCAUAUGCUGGAGCUGCAGAAAGAGCUGGGAAGUUCUGAUGAGGAUGUGCUUCCCAAUGCCUUCGCACUGAACUCCACUCACUCCGUGGCUGCUGCAGCCGGUGCAUCAGACGGCACAGAGAGCCCGGUGGAGACUGAGACGCUGAAGAUUGAAGAGGUCCAGGCACCAGCUACGGGAACCCGCAAGGCCAAAGUUCUGUAUGACUAUGAUGCUGCUGAUUCGAGUGAGCUCUCCCUUCUGGCUGAUGAGCUGAUUACAGUUUACACAGUGCCCGGAAUGGACUCUGACUGGCUGAUUGGCGAGAAAGGAAAUCAGAAAGGAAAAGUGCCCGUCACCUACCUGGAGCUUCUGAGUUAGAGUUCAUGCAUGUGCAUGAGUGUGAACGGGCACAACUGAAGCUUUCACUUCAAAGGAAGUCACACUUGCACUAAUGAGUAAGCUUCAGUAAACACUCCACUGCAAUUCGCUGCACACACUCCUCAGAACAAUGACAGAAGGUCUGAGCAUAUUGACACUGUUACAGCGAGAGCAGGAAACUCCCUGGCUGGGAUCAGUCACAUUCCUCGUAGACCAGUUUUGGUGAUGUCAUAACAAUGUUGUCAUUGAUAUUCUAUUUAUUGACGUGCAUGUCAGAUGUUUGAUCAGAGGAUUUCUGAUGUUAACUUAUUUGUUUUUCCGAGUAUUUCUUUAUGUUUUUACAGACCUUCCUAUGAUCUGGGAAAACCUCCCAAAAAUAUAGAAUGGUGUGAAAAGUGUUUCAACUCUUCAUGGUUUCCAUUUUUUUAUUAUUUGCAAGUUUGUCACAUUCAAAACAUCAAACCACUUUAAAUAUUGGUCAAGUAACGUAUGUAAACACAAAAUGCAAUUUUUAAAUGAGGAUGUUUAUUAUUACAGGUGGCGAUAAACAAAUCAAUUAAUUGCACGAUUAAUUAAAAUGAGAUCCAUAAUAAAAUGAGGGUGAUAAUAAUCGCUUGUUUGUUUUCGUCCUGUCUGUCUUUUUCUACCAAAGAGACUGCAUGAAUAAAGUUUUCACUCCAGUGCUUUGUUACUCUUCUCCUCUCGUUUCCUUGGCAACAGCUAAACACACAGGGAGGGAAAAGCGUCCGUUUUCUCCUCUUGGGCUGAACUCAAUACACGGGACACAAUAGAAAAAAAAAGGCUAAAAAAGUUGAUCAAUUUUCAACUUUCUUGUGUGGCCUUGCUUGGCUGCGUGUACGAGCUAGAAAUUUCAAAUGAACGAAUUACGCCGUUCACUUGGCUGGAUGAGGACAAGUGACCGUCACCUCACUGCGCAAACUCCAUAGAAAUGAAUGGAGAGGAAGCAGCACUGACUCCCAUCACCGUGUGACCAUUACCUCAGUAAGGGCUACUGGUCUCCUACCACAGAGCGCAGCAUGAAGCCCGUAGAGGAGGAGCGAGCAAGUCGGGGAAACGCUGGUUUGAAAGCUCAACAUUACAGCUGCAGUCCGGCAGUGCUUUAGAAUGACCGGUUAACCAUUGAACCUGUGGAGCCGCUACAUUGUAAAACCGUAGCAACUAAACAAUACAACCAACAUAAUUGCAGCUAAAAUGCUCCGAUGCAGGUUUAUUUGCAACUGACCAAGUGAUCUCAAAUACUUGAUGACAGUUACUGCUGCUGCUGGUUUCCCAACCAGUUAUUAGGUUUAGGGGGUCAUUGCUUUUUCCCACAGGACCAUGCCGGUUCAGAUAUAUAUAUAUWUUUUUUUUUUCACAUGAUAAACAUUUUUGUUUAAAAACUACAUUUUGUGUUUACUUGUGCUGUCUUGGAUAUUUAAAUUGGUUUGAUGUUCUGAAACACUGAAGUGUGAGAAACAAAAGGCUAGGAAAUCAGGGAGGAGGCAAACACUUGUUCACCCCACUGCAUACUUCUGCUUUUUCUAAUAUGUUUGUUCUGCAUUAGUAGGUUUCAUCUGAAACCUUUCAUCCUUACAUGAAACAGUCCUGGACUUCAGGCAUGCAGUUUCAUGUCAGUUUGUUCGGGUUUAAACCAAGCUUAAAAAUAAACGCAGUGAAUCCCAGAUGUGAUUCCAUCCUCCCCUGGAUGGCGUCUAGGUUUCCUAAACUAACACAGAUGCUUUACAGGAGAAACAUGUCUGAUUUUAUUUUUCCAGAAAACACUGAAACAAGAACAGUGUUUACUUUUUAACUUUUUUUUUCAUAAAUAAACUCAGACCUUCCACUGAAGCAUUAAUGUGCAGUGGAAAAGGGCAGAAAAUGAUCCUCCUGGGAUCUUUUCCACUCCAGACUGUUGAGAGGAAGAUUUGUCUUAACUGCUGAUAAAGAUGAAAGUCUUAGCAAUACUGCUUGCUUCAUACCGUUCCACAACAAUACAGAUUCCCGCCUGAGGAACAGUCUGCACCCCUGAUCAGCAAAUAACAAAACUGCCUUACAGUGACGGAGGGCAGCUGCUCACAGAAUGUGCUCUUCAAGCCACAGCCAGCAUGCAAGUGCCCCUGCCCUUCAUCAUACCAGUGCUUCUUCAGGUGGUUUGUCCUUUUAGUGUUUUCUUUGAACACCUUCAGGCCUGUUUGACUCGAACCUUAAAGUGUCCUCAGUCUUAGUGCUGCAUGUGCUGCAAAUUGCUGUAGUCGCCUGUCCUGCUGGAAGUGUGCGAGUGAAUAAACAAUGUGAGAUUUGAACUUCUUUGCACCAAACCUCACAUCCAGUCUGUAUGCAUGAACCUUUCUUACCUCCUAACUGCCGGUGUUAUGAGUUUUAGUGAAAUAAGCGGAAGGCCGUCUUCGCUCCAGACGUCGAGACAGAGGAUUGUAACCACCUUGUCCUUCGAGCCUCACUUAUUUUUGCUUUUUAAUAAAUGUGCUACUGAUGUACCUUUAUUUUGUUUGCCUUGAUUUGCCUCUUACUAUCUGAAUGAGCAAAAAUAAUUUAAUAAAAUGCAUAAUUUAUUUGAAA